AUGUCGCGACAACCUUUCAAGCCUGGCAGAACCAAGCAUGGAACUAUCAACAGCAGAGAGAAUCGGUCCAACAACAGCAGACGACUACGUCAACAAUACCAACCAUCGCUCGGCGUUUCACAGCUACCCGCUAAUACCGGUGGUCUGCCAACGUAUUCUAUUCCGCAAUCAACAAACGAACAACAAAACACUCUGUUUACGCAUCAGCAGCAACAUCAUAAACAACAGUGGUUGCCGCAACACCUACAUUCGAGACAACGUGAUGUACAAGCACCAAGCGAACUAUUUACGCCGAUGCAAUUGGACCGACAAAACUCAGUUGAAGACAUGCUUGGAGUUUUUCCGAUCGUAGUCGAGCCAUCGGAGUAUGUCCAAUCACAGGUCUGUCUACCAGACCAAUCUUUCCAGAUGAAACAGCAAGGAAAGCCUGGAGAAGGUGCUGCAGCAUACAGAGAUCCCAUAUCAUUCAGAGUUCAACCAUAUAAACAUGGAAAGAAAUCUGAUAUCUUCAGUCUUGGAGUUUUGUUUUGGGAAAUUUCUAGUGGGCAGAUUCCUUGUAAUGAAUGUCACUUCAGUGUGGCAGAAUAUAGGAAACGAGGUUAUUGA